AAGAACCGCUGCACCCCUCCUUGUCUUGUCUAUGCCCUUCCAUCGUUUCUAUGUCCCUCAGGGGCUCUACUCUUCCGGCGACAAACGGUCUAUCGCGGAAGCUGUGACCGAAGUCUAUGUUAAAGUCGGCCUUCCACGCUUCUACGUCGUGGUUAACUUCAUAGAGGUCUCGGAGGAGAAUUUCUAUGUCGGCGGCAAGUCCUCUACCGACUUUGUGAGGAUAUCCAUCCAUCAUAUCGCUCGCCAUCUGCCUUCGCGAGUCCUUUUUGUAUAAAAUGACAAGGAGAAAGACUGACGGAGACAUGGCAGACGUGAACGCAAAAGAGACUUCAUGCAGCGGUAUGAGAAAGCCAUCGAACCAUUUACGAAAGGGCGAGGGAUCAGAUGGGAGAUACAGGUUGCGGAAAUGGACAGGGAUUUAUGGAAUGAGAACGGCAUGAGCCCUCCACCGGGCGGUUCGGAUGGAGAAUUACUUUGGCGGAAGCUAGACAGAGCUAUCCCAUAUCCUGCCGAGCACUUGGAGCUGAGUUAGAAG